AUGCUCCUUUUUGGAAAAUCAAAAUCCUUCAAGACAUCCAAAUUCAAAACCAUUGUCUCUCUUGCUGUCUCUCGAAUUGCCAUACUCAAAAAACAUCACCACAUCCGUUGGUCUCAAGCUCGUUCGGAUGUUGAUCAUGUGAUCAGGGAGCAGAAUAUAUUGGAUGCCUUCAGCAUCAUAGAAGGCUAUUGCCGCCUUCUGAUAGAUAGGAUCAUGCUCAUUAAGAACAGCAAAGCGUGUCCCGAUGAACUGAAGGGGGCAAUAUCAAGUUUGAUCUUCGCUGCUUCAAGAUAUGGACAAUUGCCAGAACUCCAAAAGAUUUAUAGGAUCUUCAUGGCAAAAUAUGGGAAGAACUUUUCAAAUUAUGCUAUUGAAUUACGCAACAACUGUGGGGUAAAUCCUAAGAUUGCCAAAAAGUUUCCAACUCAAUGGCCAAUCUGGGGAACCAAACUGAAAGUUUUAAACGAAAUUGCUUCUGAGAAUGGGAUCAUUCUUAGAGUUGAGGGAGAAUCGUCUGGGAUUAGUAAGGAAAAACUGCAUACCAGAGAAUCGAACGGCCUGAAUGAUCAUAAGCUGAAGGAUGCAACUAAAAAUUUGCGUGAAGGAAUACAAGAAGAUGAGAACUUCUCUAGAUUUAUGAAAGAAAGGAAAUCUGAACUUCAAACUGGUAAAGCCACAGCCUCGGAUUUCAAGGACUGGACAAAAGGAUUACAUUCAGACAAGAUUGAGUCUUUCAAAACAAACUCUAAGCCAAUCGAAGAUGGAAUGGUAGGUCAUAAAUUUAGUAGCUAUAGUAAAGAAACUGGAUCAAAACAUGUAAAAGUACAAACGAAAAAUGUCCUAGCUGCUUCAAGUACAGAUUCAGAAGAGAUAGGAAUAUACAACCCUUUAAAGACUGGAGGUGAUUUUUAUGGAAACACGGAUGACAAGGGGAAAAGACAGGGCAAACUUCCAUGGCUGGAGCUCAAUGACGGGAAUAAAAAAGGCAGCCUAGUGCACGAGGCUCCCGUCACUGCACAUGACUGGAAUGCCCAUAAGAAAUUUAGCUUCCUGAGGGAAGAAUUCCUGAAAAGCCGACUUCCCAAUGUAGCAAAAGAUGAAAAUAACUCAGAUGAGAAUAGAGAUGGGCUCAACUAUCAUUCUCCCAAGGAUGGGCAAUAUUCAAACAGAGGCAGAAAGCCAGUUUCUAUUAGGACUAGAAGAACACGUUGGCACUGA